UCCCUUUACCCAAUAAAGCGGUGCGUGCCAGGGACGGAAAGUCGGAGGCAGAGUUGCAGAGUGUGCUGUGCGGGGAUAAGACUGGAUGUCAAUUAGUGGAGAUCUCGCACCUGUGAGCAGCUACGCACAGCACAAGACUUGUGGCUCUUGCCCGUUCAGAAGAUCAAGAUGGAGUGGCGCCAGCAGACCAGCCUCAGCUGUGCAGACGCGUUCAACGAGGCCCAGCGCUGGAUUGAGGAGGUGACUGGAAAAUCAUUUGGUUGCAAUGACUUCCGUGCUGCCUUGGAGAAUGGAGUCCUGCUUUGCGACCUGAUCAACCAAUUGAAACCUGGCAUCAUUAAGAGAGUAAACAGGCUUUCUACUCCCAUCGCUGGCCUGGAUAAUGUGAAUGUAUUCCUGAAAGCCUGUGGGAAACUUGGACUGAAUGAUUCACAGCUGUUUCAUCCAGGAGACCUGCAGGACCUGUCCACUCGUGUAACACUCAGGCGAGAUGAAAGUAACAGAAGACUCAAAAAUGUUCUGAUCACUAUUUAUUGGUUGGGUCGAAAAGCUCAUUUAGAUGCAUUCUACAGUGGUCCUGAGCUUAACUUCAAGGCUUUUGAAGGGCUGUUGGGGUUGGCCUUGUCCAAGGCUCUAGAUGAGGGCAGUAAUGUGUUUGUGAAAGACAGCGGAUACAGAGAGUGCUGGUACCCAGAGAGGGAGGAACGUCAGCGCAUGAGACUGAGCUAUAAGAGAGUGAACUCUGUGGACAGCAUUGACUCUCUGGACUCCCGGGCAAUCUGCCCAAACAGUGAAGGUUGUGGAAGUGAUGCAGAAGCUGAGCAGGUCUUCAGGAUGGAGACCACACAGCCCUCAGUCCAUCAAAACAAAGGCAAUAUCCCACCACCACCACUCCUACGGAGAAAACAAGGAAGGGAGGAGAAUGGAAGGGGCUGCGCCAGUCCAAUCACCAGGAGCAAAUCACUCAGUGAUAUCCCAAUGGUGUACCCUGUGCGUAAAUUUCCUAACGAGAACAUCAUUCCUGAUGUGGGCCGGGCGACUAACGCGGCAAGGGAGUCGAAUCAAGAAAACGCACACAAGAGCAGGAUUGCUGCCAAGGACAGUGAAGCACAGUGGCAGGAUGACUUGACAAAGUGGAAGAAUCGUCGCAGGAGUACCAAGUCUGACCUUCGCAGGAAGUCGCAAGACAGAGAGCACGUCAUUAACCAGAUGACCAAUGGGGCUGUGGCUAACCUAGAGAAGAAUGACUUGCAAGGUGGACUGUUAAAAAGAGACCAGCUGUCCCCACGCAGGCAUAACCCUGCCUCCGGUCUUUACUCCACCUCUCAAUCAAAAUCCUCAAGCUCUGACCUCCAGCCACAUACUCGCGCUCUGCUGGCCCGCAGCUACGCCAUUGAGGCACCUUUCAGCCCCACGGCUACACUUAGCCGCCAUAACUCAGCCAACACUCAGGGAUCAUCGGUUGGAGCCAUGCCUGCCUCUGAUGGGAACAUCUUGGGGGAGGAGAUCCACUUUGCCUCCUUGGCUUCAGAUGGGGAAGGAUUUACCACACCUUCUCUGGACUGUCCUCUUAGCUCCCAGACCCACGUCAAAUCACAGGGCAGCCCAGCUCCUUUCCAGACCACAUCUGAACUGGCCCAGCCAGAAACAGUUUCUACAAACCAAAUCUCCAGUCUAGUCAAAACCAUACAGCCAAAUGAGACCACAAAACCAACCAGCACCAGGGAUCCUACUGCAUCUGUAUCGAGUCACAAGGAGCUUCCAUUCUGUGUUGAUCCAAAAGCUCCAACUUUUUUCACUGAUGCAGUUAAUCAGAGAGCAGUUGAUGCUCUAGAGGACUUGUCCCACCAGAACCACAAGUCCCAGGAAGAGAGCUGGAAAACAUCCUGGGAACCAGCUGUAGAGCAAGGUAGAGGCCAGCAGGCUGCAGGCAUCUACAAGCGCUUGUCUAGAACUGGGUCAUGGUCCAGCUCAGCCAGCCUUCCGCGUGGUUACCGGCGGUCCGAGGGCUCAUCCCGUGUCUCUUCUGCAAUCACAGCUAGACCCUUUGGGACCAAGCAGUCCAGGGUGUCCUCACUGCCAAGGCUGUGCAAUGUAGACGACAACCAGGGUCUGCUGUUCAAUAGUGAGAGAGAAGAAUUUCUUUCUCCACCCAACAAAUCUUUGCUCAAAAGACAGACUGCAACCGGCCAUCUGAGGGGUCAGUACCAGGCUUCAGUCAGACAGAAGAAAGCCAACAUGGCAAAGCAGAAUGGUACCGAACAGGCGGAGGAGGGGAAAGGGGUCAGUCUCUCCAGCCAGACUACCUUCCAGACCAAUGGCUAUCACCAUCAGCCAUACACCCAAACCCAGCUACUACCGCAGCCUUAUUCAACUCUAUUGUCCCACCACAGUAAAAGCUCUACUCUGCAACCUUCAAAGUUGGUUCACAGUGACAUGAGAGUGAGCCUUACCCUUAAACCCAAUAGUAGACCAGACUUUGGUUUCCAGACUCACUGGGACUCCACAGGGGCGAGAGUAAAAUCCAUCCAACCCGGCAGUCCAGCAGAGCUUUGCCAGCUGCAUGUGGACGAUGAGAUUGUGACUGUCGAUGGCGUUGCGGUGGCACACAUGAACUACAACCAGUGGAAGCAUGAAAUGACAUCUGCCCUGCAAACUGGCAGUCUGACCAUGGACAUCCGACGCUAUGGCAACAAGGAUUGGAGCACCAGUGAGGGGAGUCAUCACAGCCAGCCAGGCCAGAGCAAGAUGACCCUCAAUCUGACUGCUGCAGCGCCCGUUCUGAUAGGUUUUCCUGAUCACCAUGCCAACAGUGCUACCUCUAAAGAAACCACAGUCACGAAAACGUCUAAUGUCAAUGGGCAGGCAGACCUUGUUAUACAAGGUAAAGUCAUGGAUGGAGGGCUUGCUGACAGGCACAGGACGGCCAGAAGUAAAGGAGGUUCAGAAUCUGCGAUAUCUGAUCUCCAGGUGCCAUCCGUCAGCCCCUCCUCAUCCAGCUGGUCGUGGGACCGUGAGGACGAUCGGCGGCGUCAGGAAAAGUGGCAGGAAGAGCAGGAGCGCCUCCUACAGGAGCAAUACCAGCGGGAUCAGGAGAGGUUGGAGGCAGAGUGGCGGAGGGCACAGCAAGAUGCAAUCGGGGACUUAUGCAGGAAGCCAGGGCAGAACACCUUCCAGAUGACCAUCCGUGAUGAGAACCCUGCCAGCACCCAGCGCCACGCGAAUGCACUGGCAGACGAAACCAGAGACGAGCAGAGCCCUGACGGAUAUGAGCUGAAAGAAGCUGGAUCAAAACCUCAAAUUAAAGCACAAGGAGUGCAGAAGGACAAGAUUACUGAACGAGACUGGGCUUUGGAAUCUUGUGGCUUUGCUCAGCUGUCUCCUGCACACAGGGCAAAGUCCUUGUCUACCCCAGCAUUAACUGGUCCCCAAAAACAGACAAGAGGUGAUCAGAGGAAAAGAAAAGGACAGUCCGUGUCUAAGGUUGAGCAAGAAAGGCAGCAGAUUCUGGAGGAGAUGAAGAAAAGGACUCAGCUCCUGACCGACAACAGUUGGAUACGUCAGCGCAGCAGCAGCUUUUACAAGGAACCGAUCUAUGUCGGGGUUCCUCUGAAGAGGUAUGAGUCUCUGGACAACCUGGACACUUUGCGUCAGUCCCCAGUCUCGACCGCUACUUUCGGUUACCCUCGUCCGCACUCAGCUGCUGCGGGUUACUGCGCUCCGAGCAGGAACUCCUCCUCCCGCUACAGCACUGGAUCAGUUUUAUCCCAGAGAUAUGCAUCCAUGGACUCCCCUCAUCAUGGCAGGAUGGUCAGUGGCAGGAGGACUUGCUGUGUGUGUGAGCGUGUCCUGGGUAGUGGGGCAGCCAUGGUCGUAGAGGCCCUUAGUCUCUGCUUCCACCUUGCCUGUUUCCAGUGUGUGGGCUGCCACCGGCAUCUCGGAGGAACUGAGACUGGAGUCCAGGUUCGAAUCCAAAACAGGAAGCCCCACUGUGAGCUCUGCUAUUUCCAAAUCAAGUACACUGGUGCCCCCUCCAUGUGACCAACAUGCCAUGCUCCAGAUUACAGAGUAAGCAUUCGAAUAAACUAUGAAAAACACAGGGGAAACAUCGUCCACGCAGACAAGCCCUGACUUUUGUGUCCUACAGUAAUUUGCUGGUAAAACUGUAAAAUCUUAUGUUCGUGAUAUUAAACUCUUGACAAUCUGUGGAGUCACAAGCGAAGAUUCUUAAUAGCUGCUUUUUAAUCAAAUAUGUUACUUAGUCUGUCUGUCCUUUUUUUUCUAAUUUAUUUCCAUGAAAAUUAGAUUAAUAUAUUAAUUAAAGUAAUGAUAAGAAUUAUUAGUGUGAUUAAUGCUUUUAUUUUAAUGUUAGUGUUAAUGUUCAUCAUAUCCUUGUGCUAUCUUUGAUCUGUGCCCAAUAGUGCAUUAAAUUUAUCAGACAUUUCUUGUUAAUAAUGUAACCCGUGUGUGGAGGCGCAUUUGAACCUAACUACCGAAGCACUCUGUUCUCUUGAAAUCUCACCAAGUGCACUUUGGGAUAAAUCGGUGGUACGUAUAACGCAUGUAUUGCUCACGUGAAAAUGGGCAUCUUAACUGACCUGUUUUUGUAAAUAAAGUGCACUGAACAUUA